AUCUUCUCCUUCCCUGAAAAGGCGAAACAGCCUCGGGAAUUCCCCCCGCGGUGUUUUACAAGCGUGGGAAGGGAAUAACCGGGAUUCAUUCCCGUUUUUCCGGCUUUUCCUGGUUUUGGGACAUCCCCGAGAAGGGGCAAUGGGGCGGUAUGAGGAAUCCUCUCCUUCCCCGCGAGGCAAAAGAUCCUGAAAAAAAAAAAUCCCGAAAACCUAAUUUCCAAUGUUGUAGUGUGUGCAAGGAAAACGGGGAAUAAGUGGGGUUUAUGAAGAUCCUCAGGAAUUCACCCAUUGCAGGGAAAAUCGGGAAUAACUGGGGUUCAUUCCCGUUUUUCUGGCUCUGGGUGGGAGUGAGGAUUCCUGCUGCUCCAGAGGGUUGGGAAAGGUUUUCAGGGGCGGGUCAGGAUAGAAGAUAAGGAGCCUGCGAUAACAAUGGGCACUUUCCCUGGCAGGCAUUUCCCUGGAAAUGAGGAAUUUCCCUGGAAUUCUCUCCUUGAACCCCAAUCCUGGGCAGAUGUUUCCCGCUGGGCUCUGGCUCUAGGAUGUUGGAGAACCGAGAGGAAGAGCUGACCACGGUGCGGGUGCAGGAUCCGCGCGUGCAGAACGAGGGCUCCUGGAACUCCUACGUGGAUUACAAGAUCUUCCUGCACACCAACAGCAGGGCCUUCACCGCCAAGACCUCGUGCGUGCGGCGCCGCUACCGGGAGUUCGUGUGGCUGCGGCGGCAGCUCCAGCGCAACGCCGGCCUGGUGCCGGUGCCGGAGCUGCCGGGGAAAUCCGCGUUUUUCGUGGGCAGCACGGAUGAGUUCAUCGAGAGGCGCCGGCAGGGGCUGCAGCACUUCCUGGAGAGGGUGGUGCAGAGCGCGGUGCUGCUCUCCGACAGCCGCCUGCACCUGUUCCUGCAGAGCCAGCUGCCCGUGCCCGCCAUCGAGGCCUGCGUGCAGGGCCGGGGCCCCCACUCGGUCACCGAGGCCAUCCUGCACUACGCCAUGGCCGGGCCCGCCUGGGGACAGCGCGGGGACAGCGACGGCGCGGGGCUGGGCCCGGCCAGCUGUGCCAGCCUGGGCAGCGCCCAGGGCUGCCUGGAGAGCUUCCCCUACUGGGGUGACCUGGGCAUGGACGAGACACGGCCGGAGAGCCCCGAGCGUCCGGCCGGACACCAAGUGACCCCUCUGGACAGCCCAGAGUGUCCAACUGGACAUGGAGUGACCCCUCUGGACAGCCCCGAGUGUCCAACUGGACAUGGAGUGACCCCUCUGGACAGCCCAGAGCGUCCAACUGGACAUGGAGUGACCUCUAAGGAGAGCCUGGGAUUCCCGAAAUUCCCACCUGGACACUGAGUGACCCCUCAGGACACCCCCAGGCCCCGCAGCCCUCGCUGGGAGAGGGAUCAGCGCCACUGGGAUGGCCGCACUGGGAGCACUGGGAGCACUGGGAAUGCGGCCCCAGCCACGGCCGAGCUCCUCCCCAGCACAUUCCUGAUAUUCCCAGCAGGGUUUUCCUCACUCUGCUCCUGCCCAGAUCCCUCUGGAAUCCCCAGGCUCGGUUCAAAUGCCUCUGGAAUUCCCAAACUGGGCUCAGAUCCCUCUGGAAUUCCCAAACUGGGACGAUCUGAGCCGAGCUUCCCACCGGGAAAAGGGAGGAACGGAAUUUGGGGCUGGGAUUCGUGUCCCCCUUCCCUCUGGGGCUGCUCCAGGGAUUUUUGGGGAAGCAGGAGCAGCUCGGGUGGCUUUGGUGUCUUCCCCUCCCUCAGCACUUGGUGUGGGCAGGAAAUAAAAAUUAAAUAA